AUGGCGCUUUCUGCAGCUUUCAAGGAGAGGCUUGAUCAAAUGGAGUUCACCAGAAACCAACGACUCUAUCUUCUUCAGGUGGAGAAAGAGCUACAAGUGAACAAAUCACAGAUUUUAGCAUCCAAGCACGCAAGUAUACAAUCCAUAGAACGCAAAUGUUUGAUGCUCGACCAAAAAAUCGCUGCGCAAAACCUCAAGAUCACCAUUCUCAGAUCUACCAUCGAAGAUCUCGAUUCCAAAUACCACUGCGCUGUACAGCAAUUGAGGUCGCUGAAGAGCGAGGUUGAAGAGCUGAAAGAGUUAGACCAAGAGAGGGACAAGUAUUACAAGCUGAAAUGCUCUGAGAUGAACGAGUUUAUGCAAAAUGUCGACAGGUUCAGAUCAGAGAACUGGUUUCAAGUCGAGAAUCUGAGAAACCGAGUCAAGGAGCUUAGUUCAACGUUCAAGGAAUUUCAUGAGAAGAACAACUAUCUGAAGAACACAAAUUAG